AUGGCAACGCACUUUCCUCUCAACCAUCACGACGUCAAGCUCAUCAUGGCCCCCGCUGCAGGCUACGAGCUCGUCCCCGCCUCCGACCCUUCCAUCUCUAGGCCGUUCCGCACACGUUCAAUAUCCCCCUUCGACGCUGACGAAGACCCUGAACACGAUGCUACACAUCAUUCAUACUUGGCACACACCCGCCAACUUCGCAUGGCAUUUGAGGCCGACCCGCGAUUCAAUCCGCCUCCGCCUUCACCAUACGCACGCGCUGCACUCGUUGCUUUCUGUAUUUUUAUCGUGUGGUAUGCCUUUUACCUGAGGAGGGAGAUCUGGAUCGACUUUGGGAUGGGCAUGGACUUCGUGGUGCCCAUGGACUGGCGGAUCGCCACCCGCUGUCUUUGUCCUGGCAAGAUUCCCCUCUCUCGUCGUUUCGGUGAGGUUGCCGCUCUCGAGAAACUCUCCGCGCUUCGCAGAGACUCCUCGCUCUCGCCGUUACACCAUGUUCAAUCGCCGCGGGGCAACUUCCUGCUCUCAACGAUCUGGCAAGAGUCCCCGAGUCAGUUCACCGAUGAGGUAUUUUGCAAGCGCACCUAA